AUGGCCAACUACGGAGGUGGUGGUGGUCACUAUGAUGAUGGCUAUGGCCAGCCGAGCCAUGGUGACUCCUACUAUCAGGAUGACCGGGCCCAUGGCUACUAUGACCAUCAAGACUAUGGCGAGGGCUAUCAAGACCAGGGUGGUUACUACGACGAUGGACACGGCUACUACGACGGUGGUGCCGGUGGCGCCGGUGCCCAUCAAGAUGAAUAUUACGGAGAUCAAUACUACGACCAAGCUGGCUAUAGCGGUCGUGGGCGCCGGGGUGACUCCGACGGACACUCCGAAACCUUCAGCGAUUUCACCAUGAGGUCUGAAACAGCUCGUGCUGCUGAUAUGGACUACUACGGCCGAGGAGACGAUCGCUACAACAGCUACACGGACAGCCAGUAUGGCCGUGGUGGCUAUGGUUAUCGGCCGCCCUCUUCACAGAUGUCCUACGGCGGAAACCGAUCAUCCGGUGCCUCUACCCCGGUCUACGGCAUGGACUAUGGAAACGCGUUGCCGGCUGGCCAGCGUUCGCGGGAGCCCUAUCCAGCCUGGGCUGCCGAUGCCCAGAUUCCGCUCUCCAAAGAGGAGCUGGAAGAUAUCUUCCUUGAUCUGGUCAACAAGUUUGGUUUCCAGCGUGACAGCAUGCGCAACAUGUACGAUCACAUGAUGACACUCCUUGACUCUCGUGCCUCUCGCAUGACCCCCAAUCAAGCCUUGUUAUCCCUCCACGCCGACUACAUCGGUGGACACAAUGCAAACUACCGCCGCUGGUAUUUUGCUGCCCACCUGGAUCUGGAUGACAGCGUGGGCUUCGCCAACAUGAAGCUUGGAAAAGCUGACCGUAAGACGCGGAAAGCCCGCAAGGCUGCAAAGAAGGCCGCAGAGCGAAACCCUGAGAAUGAGGAAGAAACUCUGGAAGCCCUCGAAGGCGACAACAGCUUGGAGGCAGCGGAGUACCGCUGGAAGUCCCGGAUGAACCGCAUGUCCCAGCACGAUCGUGCACGUCAAAUAGCAUUGUACCUGCUGCUUUGGGGCGAAGCAAACCAAGUCCGAUUCUUGCCCGAGUGCCUUUGCUUCCUGUUCAAGUGUGCCGACGACUAUUACUCGUCGCCCGAAUGUCAGGCCCGCGUCGAGCCGGUGGAAGAAUUCACUUACUUGAACGAAGUUGUGACUCCCCUGUACCAAUACUGCCGUGACCAGGGUUACGAGAUUCUGGACGGCAAGUAUGUGCGCCGGGAGCAUGACCACGAUAAGAUCAUUGGUUAUGAUGACAUGAACCAACUCUUUUGGUACCCAGAGGGAAUUGAACGUAUUGGUUUUGAAGACAAGACUCGCCUGGUGGACGUUCCGCCUGCUGAGCGGUGGCCAAAGCUCAAGGACGUCGUCUGGAAGAACGCUUUCUUCAAAACCUACAAGGAAACUCGUUCCUGGUUCCACAUGGUCACCAACUUCAAUCGUAUCUGGGUCAUCCACCUGUGCGCCUUCUGGUUCUUCACCGCCUACAACGCCCCCACCUUGUAUACCCAAAACUAUCAACAGCAAUGGAAUAACAAGCCGCCUGCUUAUAAGUACUUGGCUGCAGUCGGUCUUGGCGGUGCCCUCGCCUGUUUCAUCCAGAUCUUUGCUACAAUUUGCGAAUGGUGCUAUGUGCCUCGUCGGUGGGCAGGUGCCCAACAUCUGCUGUCGCGAUUCUUCUUCCUGCUUGGCAUGUUCGUCCUGAAUCUUGCUCCCGGAGUUUUCAAUCUGGCGAUCUUGGAAAUGAAGACGGGGACGGGUGCGAAGGCAGCGUAUCUGAUUCCCGGGGAAAGCACGCGCAACACGAUCGGCCUCGCCAUUGGCAUCGUGUACUUCGUCAUUGCGGUCUUGACUGCGAUUUACUUCGGUGUCAUGCCGUUGGGUGGGCUAUUUGGUAGCUACUUGAAGAAGGGUGGCCGUCAAUACGUUGCUAGCCAGACCUUCACUGCUAGCUUCCCCAAGCUCCAUGGCAAUGACAUGUGGAUGUCUUUUGGUCUCUGGGUUUGUGUCUUUGGUGCCAAGCUAGCUGAGUCCUAUUUCUUCUUGACACUGUCUCUCAAAGACCCAAUUCGCAUCCUCUCUCCGAUGAAGUUGCGCCAAUGCGUUGGUGUGUACUGGGCUAAGAACUAUCUGUGUCACGCUCAGCCCCAGAUCUUGCUGGGCCUGAUGUUCUUCAUGGACUUGACCCUGUUCUUCCUGGACAGUUAUCUGUGGUACAUUAUUUGUAAUACCAUCUUCUCGGUCGCCCGCUCGUUCUACUUGGGUGUGUCUAUUUGGUCCCCAUGGCGAAACAUCUUCUCACGCCUACCAAAGCGUAUCUACUCGAAGGUCCUGGCGACAACAGAUAUGGAGAUCAAGUACAAGCCGAAGGUUCUCAUUUCGCAAGUUUGGAACGCCAUCAUCAUUUCGAUGUACCGUGAGCACCUGCUUGCGAUCGAUCACGUUCAGAAGCUGCUCUACCAUCAAGUUCCCUCAGAGCAGGAGGGCAAGCGCACGCUCCGAGCGCCAACCUUCUUUGUCUCCCAAGAAGAUCAAUCUUUCAAGACUGAGUUCUUCCCCGCCGGCUCCGAAGCCGAACGACGAAUCUCGUUCUUCGCUCAGUCACUGUCAACGCCGAUGCCCGAACCACUGCCUGUCGAUAACAUGCCCACUUUCAGUGUUCUGAUUCCUCACUACAGCGAAAAGAUCCUCCUGUCGCUCCGUGAGAUUAUCCGUGAGGAUGAGCCGUACUCCCGCGUGACUAUGCUUGAAUAUCUGAAACAGCUCCAUCCUCACGAGUGGGACUGCUUCGUCAAGGAUACCAAGAUUCUUGCUGAUGAGACCUCCCAGUUCAAUGGAGAGUACGGUGAGAAGGGCGAGAAGGAUGUGGAGAAGAGCCAAAUUGAUGACCUCCCCUUCUACUGCAUCGGUUUCAAGUCUGCGGCCCCUGAGUACACCCUUCGCACCCGUAUCUGGGCAUCGCUCCGAUCUCAGACACUGUACAGAACCGUAUCUGGCUUCAUGAACUACAGCCGUGCGAUCAAGCUCCUGUACCGUGUCGAAAACCCCGAGGUUGUGCAAAUGUUUGGCGGAAACUCCGAGAAGCUUGAGCGAGAACUUGAGCGCAUGGCGCGCCGCAAGUUCCGCAUUUGUGUUUCUAUGCAGCGAUACGCCAAGUUCACCAAGGACGAACGCGAGAACACGGAAUUCCUGCUCCGUGCGUACCCGGAUCUGCAGAUCGCUUACUUGGAUGAAGAGGCCCCCGAAACCGAAGGCGAAGAGCCCCGCUUGUACUCCUCCUUGAUUGAUGGUCACUGUGAGCUGCUCGAGAACGGCAUGCGCAAGCCCAAAUUCCGCAUCCAGCUCUCGGGCAACCCGAUCCUCGAAGAUGGCAAGUCCGAUAACCAGAACCACGCCAUCAUCUUCUACCGCGGUGAAUACAUCCAAUUGAUCGAUGCCAACCAGGACAACUACUUGGAAGAAUGCUUGAAGAUUCGAAGCGUGCUUGCCGAAUUCGAGGAAUUGACCACUGACAACGUCUCCCCAUACACUCCUGGACUCCCCACCCCUGACAGCCACCCGGUCGCCAUUCUUGGUGCUCGUGAAUACAUCUUCUCCGAGAGUAUUGGUGUCCUAGGUGACGUUGCUGCCUCCAAGGAACAGACAUUCGGUACCCUGUUUGCACGUACCUUGGCCCAAAUCGGUGGCAAGCUUCACUAUGGUCAUCCUGAUUUCCUCAAUGCAACAUUCAUGUGCACGCGCGGUGGUGUUUCCAAGGCUCAGAAGGGUCUACACCUGAACGAAGAUAUCUACGCCGGUAUGAACGCCCUCCUGCGCGGUGGUCGAAUCAAGCAUUGCGAAUACUUCCAGUGUGGUAAGGGUCGUGAUCUGGGUUUCGGUUCCAUUCUUAAUUUCACAACCAAGAUUGGAACUGGUAUGGGUGAACAGAUGUUGUCUCGAGAAUACUACUAUCUCGGAACGCAGCUUCCUUUGGAUCGAUUCUUGUCGUUUUACUAUGCCCACCCUGGUUUCCAUCUUAACAACAUGUUCAUUAUGUUGUCUGUCCAGAUGUUCAUGAUUGUUUUGAUCAACCUGGGCGCCUUGAAGCACGAGUCGAUCACUUGCCGUUACAACUCUGAUUUGCCCAUCACAGACCCUCUGAUGCCAACAUACUGUCUUGACCUUGUCCCUGUGGUCAACUGGGUUAACCGCUGCGUCAUUUCCAUCUUCAUUGUGUUCUUCAUUUCGUUCGUGCCCCUUGCUGUCCAGGAAUUGACUGAGCGCGGUAUCUGGCGCAUGGCUACCCGUCUGGCGAAGCACUUCGGAUCUCUGUCCUUCUUGUUCGAGGUUUUCGUGUGUCAAAUCUACGCCAAUGCUGUCCACAACAACUUGUCAUUUGGCGGUGCCCGCUACAUCGGUACUGGUCGUGGUUUCGCCACGGCUCGUAUCCCGUUCGGCAUUCUUUACUCGCGUUUCGCCAGCUCUUCGAUCUAUGCUGGUGCUCGCCUUUUGCUGAUGCUUCUCUUUGCUACCUCGACGGUUUGGACACCAUCCCUGAUUUGGUUCUGGAUGUCUCUCUUGGCCAUGAUCGUUUCGCCAUUUGUGUUCAACCCCCAUCAAUUCGCUUGGUCCGACUUCUUCAUUGAUUAUCGUGACUACAUUCGAUGGUUGUCGCGCGGUAACUCCAGGUCCCACGCCUCUUCUUGGAUUGGCUUCUGUCGUCUGUCUCGAACACGUCUUACUGGCUACAAGAGAAAGCUUCUCGGCGUACCCUCCGAAAAGGGGUCUGGUGAUAUUCCCCGAGCGAAGUUUACCAACAUCUUCUUCAGCGAGAUCGUUGCCCCUCUAGUCGUGGUCGUUGUUACCCUCAUUCCGUUUUUGUUUAUCAACUCGCGGAACAUGUAUAGUAACAACCCCGAUUAUGCCACCAACGCCAUCUUGCGAAUUUUGAUCGUUUCUCUCGCCCCUGUUGGCGUGAAUGCUGGCGUUUCCAUGAUGUUUUUCGGCAUGGCAUGCUGCAUGGGACCGCUCCUGAGCAUGUGCUGCAAGAAGUUCGGAUCCGUCCUGGCCGCAAUUGCUCAUGCCAUUGCCGUGAUUGUCCAGCUUGCCAUGUUUGAGGUUCUCAUGAUCUUGGAGUCAUUCAGUUGGCCCCGCGCCGUUUCCGGUCUCAUCGCCAUGAUGGCCAUUCAGCGUUUCAUCUACAAACUGAUUGUCUCCUUGUGCCUCACCCGCGAGUUCAAACAUGAUCAGUCUAAUAUCGCUUGGUGGACCGGCAAGUGGUACAACAUGGGUUGGCACUCCAUGUCUCAACCUGGCCGUGAAUUCUUGUGUAAGAUCACUGAACUCGGUUACUUCGCAACGGACUUCAUCCUUGGGCAUAUCAUCCUGAUCUGCCAGCUCCCUAUUCUGGCCAUCCCUUAUGUGGACAAGUUCCACUCCGUAAUUCUUUUCUGGCUGCGCCCCAGUCGCCAAAUUCGCCCUCCCAUCUAUUCUCUCAAGCAAUCCAAGCUUCGCAGGAAGCGUGUCAUUCGCUUCGCCAUCAUGUUCUAUUGCAUGGUUGUGGUCUUCGUUCUCUUGAUUGCGGCGCCUUUGAUUGUUCACAGUAUGGGUGCAGAUAAAUCCUUCCUCAAGAACACUCUGGCGAGCUCGAUUGGCGUGAAGCAAGGCAAGAACAUGAUGGCCCUUCUGCAGCCACUUGAUGCCGGACUGAAUGAUACCACCACCUACUACACCGGAUCUCAUCUGCCACAUGGAUUCUCCGCGAGUCCUUCUCCUCAGCCCUACACGUCGGGCACAUAUGAUGCUCGUCGGUUGCUUUUCUGA